UUGUGGCCGACCCACCCAUUUGAACCGACCCCCGGUUAGACCCACCGAGCCCGGGCAUGACGUCCAUGUGAACCGCCAUGGCUGCAAUCCCCGCAGACCUCGGUGAGUCCUCGUCCGCGGAGGCCGAAGAGAAAGCCCCAGACAAAGCAGAAGCCAAGCGCUUGCGGAAGAGCGAGCGGAAGGAGCAGAAGAGGCUGCAUGCCAAAGAGCACAGGCAGCAAAGGAACAGGGCGCAGAAAGAGCGAAAGCAAGAGCUUCGAAAAGAGAAGCUGGAGUCCAUGUCCGCCGAGGAGAGGGCGGAGUUCUUGGAGCAGGAGCGUCAGGCGGGCCGCGACCGGAAGGCUUUCCUGGAGACGUCGCUGACGGAGGCCUUCGAGCGUGGGCGGCCCCGGGUGGUGGUGAAUUGCAGCUUCGACCAGUCCAUGGACGUGCGCGAGCUCACCUCGCUGGCGAAGCAAAUCCAGCUGGCCUACACGCAGGCGCGGAACAUGGGCAGCAAGGUGCAGUUGCACCUCACCUCCUUGGGUCCCGAAAACCGCGCCUGGCGGGGCUUGGAAGCUCAAGGGGUGAGGGGUUGGAAGAUGCAUCUCCACGAGAAGUCGGUCUGGGAGGUUUUUGCAGAGGAAGCCAGGUCUGGCAAGCUGGUGAUUCUAACGCCCGAUGCCGAUGAGGAACUGGUGGACGUCUCCGACGAGGAGGUCUACGUCAUCGGCGGCAUCGUGGAUCGCUCCGUGAAGAAGAUGCAGAGCCUGGCGCAGGCCCAGGAGUUUGGAGCCCAGAAGCUUCGGAAGCUCCCGCUGAAGAGCUUUGGCCCCAAGGGCUGCUGCCCCGUGCUGAACGUGGACUGUGUGGUCCGCAUCCUUUGUGAGUGGCUGCGGAAGAGGGAUUGGCCCAGCGUCUUCGAGGAGUGUCUUCCAGGGCGGCGCUUGGGCGAGCGCCCGGUCAUGUCGAAGCGGCAGCGGAGGGCCCAGAGGGCACUCGAGAGAGAGGAUGCGGGCCAGGCAGCGGACGAUGCUGCUGAAGAUGCCGCCGAUCCUGAAAGCACAGCCUGAGAGUUGUGGA